GUAUCGAUACACACACAUCUCCUCUCCGCAUUUUACACCUAACUGUACAAGGAGCCGCAUGGUUACUAUAAUACGUGUACAAUAGUGUUAACUUGGGUCUUUGAAAAUUUCGACCAUAAGAACUUUAUCUUUUGAUCUAUAUUACCUAGGACUAUGGAUGUCUAAGCGCCCCCCGUGGAGCAUAAUAUUGCGUCCACAUCUUGUAUACGGGGGAAUAUUAAUUAUUUAACAAGCGAAUUACUGUGUUUGAACAACAGUUUUUGACUUCGUCUUCGUUCAGAAAUCAACUGGAGAAGCGGAAUAACAACAACCUUCAUACUGCUGCCAGUCAAAUGGAGAUAAGCCUAUCUCCUGUUGCAAAGUCAUUUCUUGCUGGUAGUUUUAGUGGAACAUGUUCAACAUUAUUGUUCCAACCACUGGACCUAGUAAAAACUAGGGUGCAGUCAUCAAUAACCAAUGGAAAUAAAGUGGGUAUGGUCGCAGUCUUUACCAAUGUUGUUAAAGAUGAGACUUUAGUUGGAUUAUGGCGGGGAUUAAUACCGUCAAUAACAAGAUGUGUACCAGGUGUAGGCGUUUAUUUCUCUACUAUUCACUACUUGCGAACAAAUUACGGAAGUAAAGAUCCUCACCCAUUGGAAUCAUUAACCCUUGGAGCUUUAGCAAGAUGUUUUGCUGGUGUCUCAGUCUUACCAUUCACUGUUGUUAAAACAAGAUAUGAGAGUGGAACAUUCGCUUAUAGAGGGGUAUCACAAGCUCUAAUUGGUAUUUAUUCCCUCGAAGGACUAAAAGGGUUAUACAGUGGGUUGGCACCAACUUUAUUAAGAGAUGCCCCUUUCUCUGGUCUCUACUUGAUGUUUUAUUCACAGAUCAAGAAAAGUUUACCUCCUAAUAUUCUCCACAAUGGCUCACCUAUCAUCCAUUUUCAAUGUGGUAUUCUUGCUGGAAUGCUGGCAUCAUUGGUAACCCAACCAGCAGAUGUAAUAAAGACACAUAUGCAGCUAAACCCACAGAAGUUCGGCAACAUCAGAUCAGCUGUGGUUUACGUAUUUGAGAGGGAAGGUAUGGUUGGGUUUUGGAGAGGACUCAUUCCUCGAACUAUUCGAAGGACGCUUAUCUCGGCAAUGGCGUGGACUAUUUAUGAAGAGUUCAUGAAAAACUGUGGCUUGGGAAAAUAACUUGUAAAUCUCAACAACAGUUAUUGAAAUGCUGUCAUGAAAUUUAACCUUCAUAAACAGGUGUAAAAUCAGUGGAUUUAAAAUGUGUUAAUGCCAACAUUGAAUAAUGAAUAUAGUGUCAGCUACUCCUGCAUUUUUGAGCGAGUGAUGUUGAAUUUAUUAACAAAAUGAAACUUUAUAAAUGUUAUGGAUGUUCAUUAUUUAUUUUUUACUUUGUGAGAGAGAAUUGUGAUUAGGUGGUUAGGCAUAAAUUUAGUGCAAUGAAUUCCAGUCUAUUGCAUUUAAUCAUUUUGACUAUUGAAAGCAUUCUGUGAUGGAAGGUGAAUUAUCAUUUGUUUGUAUAUAGAUUAUAUUUUUUUUCUUUUAAUAAUUUGAUAUUAUGUUAAUAAUUACGUAUGUUUGUUUUCUGUAAAAUCCAUAGAAAUAUUUUCUUUAUAAGCAAUUACGUGAAAUAUUUGAAGUUGCCAUAUGUUUAUUGUUACUUUUAAUGUUAUGAUAAUUUCUAUUAUUCAUUUUUGAUGAUUAAUAUUAUUCUAUUUUUGUACCAGUACUUUAUUAAAAGUUCUAUGAUGAAUAUAUUAUUUAUUGUGGACUUUAUUGGUGUCAUUUUUAUGCAAUAUUAAUGCUGUAUACACCCACAGAUGCAUGUUGGAUAGGCGCUAUCAGAAGAAUCUUCUGUUGAACUCGAUUUGACAAUUUGAGUAUAAUUUAUACAUAUACACAUGUACAUAAUUUUCUAUAGCCGAUGUAUAGUGUAUAUAUAUAACUGUACAUCAGUUUAAAUCUUAUACAUUUCAUCAUUAUUAUGCACUACAAAUGUGAGAUUAGUAGCUGUAAUAAAAUUUUAAAUAAUUUUGCAAA